GUCGCUCAGCUCAGCCGCGCUAUAACAUUAUUGACAGGGACGUUGUAACUAAAGGCACAUUCAGCGUGUUUGUUCAUAUUUUAUACUUAUAAAUGAAGAAAAUUACAUUGUGAGAAAUGUAAUUCUUCGACCUGUCCAUUCUACAGUCCGUUUCUGUUUCGAUUUCAAUAUCAGAGCUCCACAGGAAGACGUGACGUCGGCGAUGGAGGACAAGCGCAAGAAGCGCAGCCCCAAGGUGUCCCUCCCGCAGCCCCCUCCUCCGCCCAUCAACCCGCGCAAGCUCUCUGCUCUGCCAGCCAGCAAAAGCGCCACCUUCUCUCUGGGCCUGCCGCAGCCGCCGUCCCCGAAAAACCGAGGGAAGUACAAAAAGUCAGUGGGGGCGGCGGGUCAGCCCAAAGAGGUGUUUGCUGGUGUCGUCGCUCCACCGAAGACCGCCAGGACUCACAAGGAGAAGCCCCGGGCCCCCCAGCCCGCAGGGCCCAGUAAAGUGGUCCAGUCCUCGCCGCUGCAGCACUCCUUCCUUACAGAUGUGUCUGAUGUGAGAGAGAUGGAGGGAGGCCUCCUAAACCUCCUCAACGACUUCCACUCGGGGAAACUGCAGGCGUUUGGGAAGGUGUGUUCCUUCGAGCAGCUGGAGCACGUGCGUGAGAUGCAGGAGAAGUUGGCGCGACUUCACUUCAGCCUGGACAGCCAUGUGGAGGAGCUCUCGGAGGACCAGAGGAAGUGCGCCUCUGACCACAACCUGGAACACCUGCUGUGUAAUCUGGAGGAGCUCAGCACCUCCAUACAAAAGCUCCACUUGGCUGAGAACCAGGAACUGCCCAAGACAUCUGCUCCCUGAUGGAGGGCGCAGAAAUCUCUGCAGCACAGGUUGCCAUGGCGAUCCUCCCCACAGCCGCCCUUGUAACACAAUGGACACGUAGGAACAAACCAGUUGAAUGCAUUUCUUCUUCUUCAAUCUAUUUUGCAAUGCAAAAUGAGGAACAGACAUUCAUUUGUUGUAUGAUACAUUUGAAAAAAAAAUCUCUGCUAAGGUUUUAAAGCAAGAGGACAGUGUCUAGAAAUGUGCGGGGUCUUCCAAUUAUUUUUACAAGCAUUUUUUUCUGGAUAUAAAAAAAUGGCAGCUAUUUCCAAAUGUUAUUGAAUUUCAUCUGUUAGAUCGUGUUCAAUAUGAAAUGUGUUCCUAGACAGUACUUUGAAGUUAGUACUGGCAGAGGAAUCUCGCUUUAUAAACAUUACUGGGAUUUAAAAAACAGAACUACAAGGCAAUAUUUAACAUAUUGUGUUAUUAUUGUCUAUGGCGAUGGAUUUUACUGUACAUGUGACAAAUAAAGAUCACUCUUCCAAUCCUA